UGUUAGUUCAAGCUGCAACUGCUCUUUAAUUCUUUCUGGUCAAACCGAAACAAUCAUCAGCAAGAAAGCUAUAAGCGAAGGUCUAGAUCUAGGUCUAGAUCUAAGUCUCCAAAAAAUGAUAGAA